CAAGGUUUUUCUAAGUAUAUCAAUCAAAGCAAACACAAAGCGAUUAAACCUACUCCAAUCUCAGAUUUGUUAACCCUAGAAACCUCGAGAACUCGAAUCAAUGGCGCCGAAAGCAGAGAAGAAACCCGCUGAGAAGAAACCAGUCUCCGAGAAACCGGUGGAGGAGAAAUCGAAAGCCGAGAAAUCUCCGGCGGAGAAGAAACCAAAGGCCGGGAAAAAGCUGCCGAAGGAAGCUGGUGCUGGAGGCGACAAGAAGAAAAAGAUGAAGAAGAAGAGUGUGGAGACUUACAAGAUCUACAUCUUCAAGGUGCUCAAGCAGGUUCAUCCAGAUAUCGGAAUCUCAAGCAAAGCGAUGGGGAUCAUGAACAGUUUCAUCAACGAUAUCUUUGAGAAGCUAGCUCAAGAGUCGUCGAAGCUUGCGAGGUAUAACAAGAAGCCUACUAUUACUUCUCGGGAGAUUCAGACUGCUGUGAGAUUGGUGCUUCCUGGAGAGUUGGCUAAGCAUGCUGUUUCUGAGGGAACUAAGGCGGUUACCAAAUUCACCAGCUCUUGAGUAAUUGAGUUUAGGGGGUCUCUUUCUCUUUAUGAUAUGGAUGUUACUGGUUUAGGGUUUAAUGGAAUUUGGAAGAUUUGAAUUAGAAUUAGAUUGUGCGUUUAUCGUUUUUGAAGUGUCGGUUUCGUUUGCAAUUUCACAUUUUGUAUGUACUGAUGCUAUUGAUAUGUUUUGGAAACUAUAUUUGCUAAUUUUGAGUCCCAACCCUAUCGUAUCGAGAGUUUAUGCCUUUGAUCUAGUAACCACGAUUAUAAGUUCA